CCCUACGCUGCGCUUUUCCCCGGCCGAGAAGGGCGCUCCCUGCGGCAGCUCCGCCGGGCUAUAAAUAACGCCGCUCGCGCUCCGGGUCGAUCCUGCCGUCUGAACCUGACGACGUAGCGCAACGCACCCGAGCGAGAGGCGGAGAUGGAAGAUGCGGCAAAACCUCGGCGUACCUUUAGCAGCAAGUUCAGCGGGCACCGCCGCCCCGCAGCAAAGCGCGGACGGCAGGAGCCGCGUCCCAAAAGCACGGAAUAAAACGCCCCGGCCCCGCGCACGCACUCCGCAUGUAGGUCACGCACCGCCCGCCGCCGGGCUCCGGCUUCCCAGCGGCCGAGGCCGGGCUGCGGCUCUCGGAUCCCCGCAGAGCUCCCCGACCCGACGGGCGCGGCCCGCAGCGCCGCCCUCCCCCCGCGGCCGCCGGAGCCCACCGCCCGCAGGAGGAGAGCCGGAGUCCCGCAUCCACCUGCAGCGCCGCCACGGGGCCCGCUGCCGCCCGCCAGGCCUCCGCCCGCCCGCUGAGGGAACGGUGGGUACCGCCGCUCACCGGCUCUGGUGCUUGACGACCCAGACGCGGCCGAGCAGAAGCGAGCGGCGACGCCGGGAGAGAGCGAGUGGGAACCGCGGCCGCUCCCCUCACACACCCUGCCAGAGCCGCGCUUGCCGCCCGCUUUCCCAUUGGCUGCCGGCGGCAGGGGGGCGGGCCCAACGCGAAGGGGAUGAGGGCACGACCUGUUGGGCUGCACCGCUGCCAGCACGGAGGCUCUGAAGCAGCGCAAGUUGGGAUCCAUAAUCUUUCCCUCGUGGGCAGAUCCACCCAGCCACGCUCCUGCCAGCUGCGAUUUCUGUAUGCCUGAGGGUGCCAAAGCAUACAGACGUGAUGAAACCCAGAUGUACGGACACAACAGUCUGAGCCUCUCCUUUACCCUUAAGCUCAUGCAACACCAAUAAAACACUACGCUGCUGGUCGGGAUUUCCCCUUCCAGCGUUCUGUGCCCAAUGAUGCAGUUUGAAGAUGAUGUUAUUAUUCCAGGAGGAAACAUAAGGCCCAGAAGAAAACAAGAGGAGAAAGAAGAGGGAUUUAAGUAUUAGUAAAAGGAGAAGGGGAAAAAAGGAAAAAGAAAUCUCUAAAAACCCCUCCAAAUUCAACAGCGCCCAUAUCUGCAUGUAUUUACCUAUAACAAGUACUAAUAUAAUUUGAACGUGAUAACUUUUGUCCCUUUGACAUCCAUGUGUUCUGCAAGGAGCAUAUUUUUCAUUAUGUAUAAAACCAACCUAAAAUAUCACGAGUUGUUAUUUUUGUUUGGUUUUUUUUGUUGUUGCCAUUUUUUCCUUCCAGAUGCUUUUUACCUUUGAAACAUUAAAACAAACAAAACCACAAGCCUGCUUUCUCUCCUUCUGCUUGGUGUUUCCUCAUGUCUUAGUCCUGAGCCAACGCUUUCAUCUACACAGUGAUGAGGAAGGAAUCAGUCAGCUGGGAGCAGAUGUUGCUGUUGUUUGUCUCGUUCUCCAAAAACCUGUGCAAGCAGUCAUGAGUAAGGGAGCACUCAGAUGAAGCGCUUACUUUAUCAUGGCGCUAAGUCCCAUAUACGAAAAGUAUUGCAUUACAUGAAGCUGUGUGAUUGUGACUUAGUCAAACCAGACUUGGCUCUAUUUAUCUGGCAGCUGUAAA